CAGGCUGCUACCAUGACCCGGCCUCUGCCGCUGCUGCUGCCCGUGGUGCUCGUGGCAGCGGCCGCCUCGGGCGCGCGCUGCCCGCAGGACCAGGACCGCUGGGACGCGAGCAACAAGGCGCUCACCGCGUCGCUCGUCUUCCAGGGCCGGCUGCUGUCCAAGUCGGUGGACGCGGUGGGAAACCUUCUGGCACGCUUCCGCGUCCAGAAGGUGCUCAAGCCCAUGCCGACGGCGACGUUGCGCCGGCGCCAAGAGGUCGUCGUCGCCCUGGUCAAGAGCCGGCCGCCGCCCACGCAGCAACACCUCAACCGCUCCGCGUCGCCGCGCACGCCGCGUCGCGACGCGCUCAACAACGAGGCCCUGGUGCCCCGCCGGCGGACCUUGUGCCCCGUGUCCGUGCCGCAGGGAUUCGUGUUCAACGCACGUUACCUCGUCUACGCCAACCCCAUCGCCGGCCGUGCGGCACGACGGCUGCUGCUGCCGGCGGCGGCAAACUUCUCGGCGGCCGCCACGCCUGACCACUACACGCGCCGCGCCGGACGCGCCGUCAAGAAGGUCGUCUGCAACGGAUGCGGUGGCGGCUCGAAGUCCUUGGACUCGGGCGGCAUUUUCGGCUUGCCGGACGGCUCAGAGCUGGUCUGCCAACUCCGAACUUUUGAGAGCCGCAUCCCAGUGGCGGCGACGGCGACGGAGAAGGUCCCCGGCGGCCCCCGCAGCCGGGGCGGCGUCGGAAACAAGCGAGCUCGAGGCUUCCCGUACUCUGGCAGCGGCCGCGAUUACGGACGCAACGCCAAGGGAU